CGCUUUACGCACCGCAUCUUUUCGUUCAUUGCGUCCAUAGCAACAAGUAUAGAAGCUGAACUAGGCAUACUGCUAGAAAUGUAUCCGUAACCUGCUGCGCAUAAAAAAAAUCAACAAAAGCCACUCGGUGUUAGAUCCUUGCCAAGGAAAAUAGAUCGACCAUUUAAGAAUGUCACUGUUUACACUUGGCACGUCAGCUACUCACACACAAGGAACAAGCAAGUUUCACAAGUCGCACCAUUUUGAUUAUCAAAAUGAGGUGGCAAUGUUGGUUGCUGAUAACAAAUCUGGCAGUGGUUCGGGCUCACUGGAGAGCCAACUAACUCUUGGAGGUGUGAACAAGCCUGCCUGGGUUGCCUUUGACAAGCAGGUAUUGUGUUUUGAUGCUUACUUUCAAGAAUCGGUACAAGAGCGACAAGAUGAACAGUACCGCAUACGUAACUGUAAGAUCUACUUUCACCUCGAGGAUGAUUCCGUGCAGGUGACAGAACGCCGAGUAGAGAACAGUGGUAUUCCACAAGGCACACUAAUUAGGCGCAGCAGGAUUCCACUGCCACCACCAAAUGAGAACAAAUUCUACACUGUGGAGCACUUCAACAUUGGAAAAGAUGUUGUGAUGUAUAAUCGCAGUUUUAAAAUCACCAACUGUGAUGCCUUCACAGUAAAUUUCCUAACAAAGCUUGGCAUUAAAGUUAGUCAGCCAAUUUCAGCUCCUGAAGACCCAUACAUAAAGAAUAGAAAGGAGCAAGAGAAGAGCAUGCAGCCCUUGAGACCAUACGAAAAGUAUGACACCAUGAGGCAGUUCAUGGAUCAUGAUAAACAUGUUUUACGAUUUUUCUGCUACUGGGACGAUAGCGAUAGCAUGUUUGGUGACUCACGUGAAAUGAUUUUAUACUACUUUUUAGCAGAUGACACAAUUGAAAUCAGUGAAGUGAUUCCACCCAAUUCUGGAAGAGAUGCUACAGCGAAAUUCCUGCGUAGGGCAAGGUUGCCAAAAGAUAUUGUUCCAUUGCAUCAACCUGGUGAAGCCACUAGCCGCACUGUUCUGAAUGUUUUCGGUCAAGGCAAGGACAUUCUAGACAGUCUGAAAACGGGAGCUGUGCCUAUAAAUUACUACACGGAUGCAGACCUGCAGAUUGGUGCCGUGCUCAAUGUCUGGGGAAGGAAAUUUAUUCUGUGCGAUUGCGACGAAUUCACAAAGAUGUACUAUUCGACAAAAUGCAACAUUCAGGAUUUCACCUCGGUGAAGUACAAGACAGAAGAAACCCCAGCAAAGCCGAAAACAUUGCCGCCGUAUAACGGCUUCGGUAGUGAAGAGGACUCGAGGUGCUCGUGCAUGGGUCUGAUUCCGAAACCGCCGCGCCGCGACUUCAAGAAGUUCAUGGAGAAGGACCGCCGCGGCCUUGACAGCAACGUUCUGCGCUUCAUCGCAAGCCUCGACACAAAGAAAACUGUCGACCGACAAUUCGUCAUCUCGUACUUCCUCUCGGACGACACGAUCGCCGUGUUCGAGCCGCCGCAGAGGAACUCGGGCGUCAUCGGCGGCAAGUUUCUCGAGAGGGGGCGAAUCAAGAGGCAAUCGGAGUCGGACGACGAUGGCUGCGGGCAGCCGGAGUUCUACACGGCGUCGGACCUGUACGUCGGCGCUCGCGUCGAGUUCAACAACCACAAGUUUGUGUUGAUCGAUGCGGACGAGUACGCGUUUCGUUACAUGGAGAAGCAGAGCGACGAGUUCCCACAGGCUGGCAUCGACGCUAUAGUCAAGAAAUUGCAGCAGCAUAUCGCAGACAGUCCAGUAGAGAACCUGAUGGAGGAGAUUCGUCGAUCUUUCACCAGAAACGACGUGGAUGCCAGUGGAUUUGUUUAUUAUGAGCAGUUCCACAAUCUUCUUGUGCAGUUCUCCAGUGGAAAGCUAUCCGAGCAUGAAGUAAUCACGUUAGGGAGAUACUAUGGAGAAAAGCGACCAGAGGAGCUCAUGGAUAUCAAUACGAUGGCAGCUUUAGCACAGCAGAAAAUAAGGAGGAAAGGUUUUGAGAACUUUGCUCAGCUCUGUAGAGGACUUCUUCAGCGUGACAGUGGCCGGACAGGGCUCCUAAAUCCAAAUGAAGUUCUGCAAGUUUGUAGAGCCUUCAGGCUGCCAGCAGCUGAUAUGGUUAAAAAGCUUAUUGGAAAGAUUGAAUGCAAUGAGCAAGGCCUAAUGAACUACAAUGAUCUGGUUAGCUACCUCAACUGGAGGGAGAACCCAAUGCCUGUUCCUGAAAACACUGAUAUACAGGUGGAGGAUGGAGGGAGUGCAGGCAAAAGCGAUAACCUGUAUAAAGUCAACUAUACACAGUUUCUUGAACUCUUAAUGAACAAGGAUACUUCCAACAACUAGCCAACAAGUAGCUGACUACGGCCUGCUGAAUUUGCACACAUGAAAUCUUUUAAUUGUUUGAAAUUUAGCAGUGAGUUUAUUUUCUGACAAAGCACGUAAAGGAUUCAUGAAUACGUCCAAAUCCUUCAACUUGGCAUUAAAUUCCUAGAAUCACCUUUUCAUUUUACAGAUUGAAUUGUUAAUCUAAAAAUUAUAUACACCCAAAUAGAUUUAUAACAUGUAGAUUAGUAGAGAAUAUAUUUAAUAUAAUUAUACACACCAAGUACAAAAUGUUAAAAUACAAUUUUCUGGCAUUUUUUUAAAGUAUAUAGGAAACAACUUAUGAAAAAUAAUAUUAAGAGCGAGUGUAUAUGUCUUAUUGGCAUCUACUAACUAUCUAAGAAAAUAAAGUACU